AUGGGUACUUUCCUGUACGCGCCAAUCAUACGGUCUGCCUUCUUUUCUGUAGUUAACAUAAACGUCUACUAUAAGGGACUAAUUAAAUUCGCCGUUUUCCAGCUAACUUUGUCUCUUAGAUUCGACGAGAAAGAGAGUGUUUCCUCUGUCAAUAAUGCGAAGAAUUCGGUGUCUAAAAUGAUAAGGAACAAGGUGUUCGAUAACUUCGAACUGGGCAAGGACUAUAUUGAACAGAUUCUUCCAAAAAAAGAUGUACUUAAGUUGUUAAAAUGCCACGACCACAUCGAAUUGUAUGCUGAUCCCGCAGGCGAAGUGAUCUUUUUCCGACAGCGUGAGGGGCCAUUUGUUCCAACAUUGAAGCUUCUCCACAAAUAUCCAUUCUUGUUGCCUCAACUGCAAGUUGAUCGAGGCGCCAUCCGGCAUGUCCUUAACGGUUCCAACAUAAUGUGCCCCGGACUUACCUCCCCGGGAGCUAAGAUGUGUGACGUUCCAAAGGGCACUGUUGUCAGCAUUAUGGCCGAGGGUAAACAGCAUGCUCUCGCUGUUGGGAUCACCACCCUCUCUUCAGCAGAAAUUCUUGAUAUAAACAAGGACGUCGCUGUGGAGACCCUACAUUACCUGAACGAUGGUCUUUGGCAGAUGAAGCCCGUGAGAUGA